GUCAACCACACGCUCAACGACUGGGUACGGCAGCCCGAUCUUUCGGCUCGAUUAGUGCGCUUCGACGACGAGUAUCUCCGGGGACUGGAGCAGAUCGACAUCGACAUCGACAUCGAGAGCCUGUUGGACGCGGCAAGCACAAUUAAGAGCGACCCGUCCAUGGCUCCUGCCCUCCUCCACCAGACUCACCCCGAAACGCACAACCCACCCUCAUUGCGCUCCUGCGUCACCGACGCAACCCCCACCGAAAGCAGCAUAAGCACCAACCUCGCCAGUCGAUUCUCCGGCGUCCCGUUGCUCGAAGACAACAAUGGCGUACUAGAAAUACCCCGCGCGCUGCACUCUAGAACACCCCUCUACGAAUGCGCCUUCUGGUUCCUAAACUGCGGAUACGUCUCGCAGCACAAGGAAGAGUGGGAAAUGCAUUGCUCGUCGCACUUCCGCGGCGAGGAACCGCCCCAGACGGUGCAAUGUCCACUAUGCGACUGGGCAGCGACGUGUGACUUGGGUCGACAUGCGUGGAGCAUGCGCAUGCAGCAUCUGGCAUACGAACAUACGAUGCGUGGGCAGACGCUGCGUACGUCGAGACCUGAUUUCGGCCUCUUCCAGUACCUGUGGCAGAGGCGGUUGAUUGACGAUGCGGAUCUCAAGGAGCUUAAAGGUGGGAAUCAUAACUUGACACAUGCGCCGGGGAACUUUGUUGAG